UUAUGUUUGGACAUGCAAAACGUCCGUUUGCGUACAUGCAGACCCCCUCCCCCUCCCCGACCCCCCCCGUCUAGUUCCUCGUCGGAUAACCGGAGAAGAACCAAGCAAAUCAGCCCAGAAGGACUUAAUUGUCCACAAGGGGGCGGCAAUGAUGACGAAGUACCAAAAUAAAACAGGAGCAGGAGGCCAAGCGGUCUGAGGAGGAGGAGGAGGAGAAGGAGGAGGAGGGGGGGGCCUUAGACGUAAACACCCGAGUGGAAGUGUCCCUUCCGCCGCUGCAAAGCCGCUCAUCUGCGUUCGGGGGCGAGUUGGUGUUUUUUCCCCCGCAAAGGAUGGAAGCAGGAGUGGCGAGAGCUCGGGUUCUUAAAGAGCAACCGGAGGAGGAGAACCACAGAAGCUCAGCACACUUCCACCAUCGGACCGCUGCAGGAUGGAGGCGCACAGGAGACCCGGGGCAAGGAGGGCCGCGCCGGCCCGAUGGAUGCUCGCCUUCGUGGCCCUCGUGCAGGGGGUCCCUGGCGGGGAGACUGCCCCGAAUCCGUCCCCUUUGGUGGGCUCCAACUGGGGCAACCCUAGGAGGUACGUCCACCUUCAGACCUCCACGGAGCUCAACAACUUCUACUUGGAGAUCAAACCGGACGGAACCGUGCGGAAAACCACCAGCAGGGGGCCAUACAGCGUCAUCAUGCUGAAGGCUGACACCCGAGAACGUCUCGCUAUCCUGGGCGUGAAAAGCAGUCGGUACCUUUGCAUGGACCUGGAUGGAACACCCUUCUCCUCUUCCGUGUGUCUCCGUGACGACUGCCUGUUCGACCACAAACUCCUGGAGAACAACCGGGACGUGUUCUACUCCAGCCGGACCGGCAUCCUGCUCGACCUGGAGGGUUCCCGCCAGGUCUUCGCCGCGGGACUCAACCUACCGCAGACGUCGCUCUUCCUGCCCAAGAAGAGCACGGUGCCGCUGGAGCGUCUCCUGCUGCACCGGGAGAGGAGGAACCGGCUGCCGGACGCCGGCGAGGGAUCCGAUUCCAGGGCCGUGCCGGAGGACGACGCGGAGCCGGACGCGGAGACUGAGCUGGAGCUGGAGCCCGGGGAGGAAGGGAGGAACGCGUCCCGGGAGAUGCUCCAGCAGCAGCAGCCGCCGCCGGCGCCACACGACCCCUGGGGAGUCCACUCAGCCAACCCGGCCAGCCCGAGGAGCGGCGGAACCGUGGGAUGACAUUGGACCUGGGAGCUCCCCUUCCGGAUGUCACGGCGUUUCCUCCAGACUUGUGAGACCAUCGUGGACGUGCGUGUAUUUAUUACUAAGAAACACUUCAAUAAUCCAGGUAUUAUAUAUUUCAAUAACUUCAAUCAUUAGGCACACCUGCAGUAUCUCUUCAUAAGGCUUUUAUUUCAACUAUCUGUACUAAAGUACCCCAGAAUACUUCAUCAUGAAGUAGUGCGGGUCGCUGGCGUACCUAAUCAAUUGUCAGUGCAACCAUUUCAUGUAAAUAUGAUGUAAAUAUUCAUUCAUAAUCCUCAACUUACAAACAGGAUUUAUUUAUUGAAGUACAUUCUUUACCUUAUUUAUGUUAUUUAUACACAUCAGGAGUACACAUUCAGUAUAUCGUCAUUGUAUUGUGUCUACGUACGGAACUAAUAAACAUGCGGUAGUAGUACUCGCCGUUGUUGGAGUACACACAGUACUAUGUACACAGCCACUGUUAGUACUGUGUGUAUGACAUACUCCCUAUGUACACAGCCACCGUUAAGGAGAUG